GCUCACGCUAAACAGUCUCAUAACCUGUAGGCUACUGGGGCAAAAGAGCUCAGUCACCACCAGCGCUGCUGGUAGAAGGGCCGAUCAACCCCCGGGACCCCCAACAGUGUAGCAAUCACCAACAUACAGGGCAUCCGGCCAACAAUACACUAUUUUUAAUGAGAUCCACUAUUGCGUUCAAAAAGUACGGACGCACCGCACAAGGCCCUAAUAAUGACAUCUGAGGGAUCCACCGCUAAACCCUAACAGAGCCUCAGUCUUGGCGAGGCUUGGCAAUUACACUGCUUUGCGCCAAUGUUCCAAGUCGGCGGGCAACAGAGCUCCCACUCUCCCCGCCGCUGUACAUACGUUUCCGAACAUCAUCUGUUGCAAUGGCAUGGCUUCUAGCUCCGGUUGCGAGACACAUCAUACGCAGUGGCAGGCCAUUGCUCCCACAUGCUCAACGGCGAUGGGCCCAAGUCCACGACGUGCGGUGUUUAACCACCCAUCAUGACUCAAACCGAGUGAUUGACAGGUACAAGGAUAAGUUAGAUCGCAAGGCCAAAGAGGAGGGGUAUUCUUCGAUUUCGUCUCUCCAGGAAGCCUACCAAGAUAAAAUCAAAGACCUGAAAACGAAAGCAGAGAGGAUCCCACAACCUGUCCCAUCCACACCACAGAGCUCCAGUGCUAGCCCAUGCCCUGAAACACACUCCCCGACGACUGCUAAGUCUACACAGCCCACCGUAGACCCUUCGAUCUCGCAAAGUCAAACACCCGGAAUAAAACCUUUGUCCUCCUACCUCGACAUUCCCAAAAUCCUCACGCUUCCUGCUAAAGAAAUCGAAACUCUCUGGCGUCUCCGACAUGCUGCCAAUCCACGAUCCAUCUGCGCUGCUAUCCCGAUCGAUACUUACCUGCGAAUGGUUGACACCGCCAGGGAGAAUCCACAGUUUGUUUUACCACUGCCACGUACCGCGGAUAGCGGCCAGCCGGAAGACAUGAACGACGGCACUGCGCCAGCAGGCACCACUGAAUCAGCAAGCACGGGAGCAGAUAUUCAUUUCCUGCAAUGGGCCUUCCACCCUCCUGCCAGCGCCACAACGUCUCCUCCAACGGCCACAACCGUUGAUUCUCCACCCACGCUAAAUACACAUACGUCCACCGUGCUUUUCACACACCUAGCCUCGUACAAACUCCACGGUGCAUAUUCGCAGCCGCACACAAUCAUCACCCACCAUCUCGACCUUGCAGACAACACCGGCUUGAUUCUUAUGAACGGGAGCGUGGUCCAGGAUCGUGGCGUGUCUGUGGACGAGGCAAAGCUAUUGGUGCUGUGGCUACAACGAUUUUACGAUUGGGGCGUGGAUGGAAAACAGGCCGGGAAGAAGGCGGACUUGGUGAGAAUGUUUACCCAGGGCGAUGUAAAUGGAUUCAAGCUGGAAGAUUUGAUGGAAGAGGCUGAGAAGAUCUAAAUCAUCCUUUCAUAGAAGUAUUAUCCCCCCCCCCUUUUAUAUAUAUAUAUGUAUAUAUAUAUAUACAAUGAAAUUAUGUAAGAUAAGGAGGUGGAAUUCUCCCCCCUGUUCUUUUAGUUACAGGUGUGCAAAAUAUCUUGGGUCUUAAGCGUGAGGGCGGGGGACUGUAUGUAAAUGCACAUAUUCUUACCAUAGUUCUUAAUAGAAGUUUAGAUUACUAGCUGCCUUAUUUGGCUCGGUGGCUUGGGAUCAAGCCUAUGCCUGUUCUAUGAGCUUUUUAAAACCUCGGCCAAAGGCACAACGGUGCAGGCUUCGUGUCUGCAUACAAACUGUCGCUGGGUACCUUAGUGUUUCGAUGGGAAAGGCAUGCGAUUUGAUCCCAGUGACUAUCUGUAAAACCGUAGAUAGGUGGCACUAUACUGCCCCCUGACAAGUUUAUAUUUUGUGUUGUUGGGAGGGCCAAUAUUGGAGACGUGCAAAACCUUGAAAUUUUUUUGAAAGGGUAUCUUAGACAUACAUGAGAAGAGGAUUCAGGCAUAAAUUGGAUGCGAUGGGAAAGAGAAAUAGAGAUAGGAUCAAAAAAUAAACUAAAAAUCAUGCCAUUAUUACAAGAAGCGAUGUGGGGGGCAAUAUGUGUUUUUAUAUCACAUAGGGAAGGGCGCUAGACAUAGAAA